AUUUCAUAAGCUAUCAUUUAAUACCACAUUGGAUUCCUUUCCUACAUAACUAGCUUACAAAUGUGUAUUGAAUAUAUGCAAUAUUUAUCCAUUAACUAGAAUCUUCGUAUAUAAAACUCCUUUAUUUGAAAGAUUGUCUGAUAAUAUGCCAUAUGGAAAUUCUCUAAAGUCAUGAUAACUGGUGGACUCUACCCUGUAGGACUCAUUACUCAAUAAAAAUAAGUCAUGAGAAAAAAAUAUAAGAAGAUCUUAGAAAAUUAGAUUAAUAAAUCAAGAAAUAAGAAAAAGAACAUCGUAGCAUCACUAUAUGUAUUGGUAGUGCUCAAGAGACUGAUGUAAUUUAUAAAAUAUAAUAUUAUAGGAAAUAGAUGAAACCAGAUUAUUAACUAUUUUUGAAGCUGGAUAGAGAAAUGAAGAUAUUAAAAAUAAAACCCAAUAACAUAUAGUGUAUUUGAGAAAUAAGUGGGUUAAUGAAGCACUUCCUAUCCCUAAUUCAGUCAAAGAUAAAUUAGAUAAAUAAUUAAAAGAUAUCAUUCCUCAAUCUUAAUUGGUCUUAAAUCAAGAAUUAGAAGGUUUAUACUCACAACUUAGAAAGUUUUAUUUAGAAGUGUUAAUUAAAUAGAGAUUAUAAAAAAAGAGAGAAGCUGAUAAAAAGUAUUUAGAAGAAAAAAUCAGAAAACUUAAAGCACAAUUUGAUUCUUAACCUGCCAGCGAUAUUAAAUAAAAAAAAUGA